GGCGGGCGGGAGGGCGGCUGGCACAGGGCUUGUAAAUAAACUGCGAUGCUGUCUCGGGCUCGCCGGCCCGGGUGCCGCCGUCGCCGCCGCCUCCCUGGAGCUUCGGUGCCAGGCUCCCGCCGUCGCGCGCCCUAGCGCCACCGCGCCAGCCUCGCGCGCCCUCGCCGGGCUCCGCACGGACCCCGGCUUCCCGCGCCCCUCCGGGUCCUACAGGGGACCCGCUCGGGAUGUGACCCCUUGACUCCCCAUCCGACCUCCCCUGCCCCCCGGGAGGCCCGCCUUUGCCUUCUUUUGGGGGGGUGGGCGGGGAGGGGCGCGCGGAUCAUGGCAUUGGAGUUCCCGGGCUUGCAGCCGCCGCCGCCGCCUCGUCCACGUACCCCAAGCGCUCCUUCUUCCCGGAGCAGCAGCGGAGAAGGCGAAGCGCCCGGUGGGGGCGAGGCAGAUGGGGCUCAAGGCUCGACCCCGCAGGGCAUCGGGCUCCUGGCAAAGACCCCCCUGAGCCGUCCAGUUAAGAGGAACAACGCCAAGUACAGGCGCAUCCAAACUUUGAUCUAUGACGCCCUGGAGAGACCGAGGGGCUGGGCGCUGCUCUACCACGCGCUUGUGUUCCUGAUUGUCCUGGGAUGCUUGAUUCUGGCCGUGCUCACCACUUUCAAGGAGUAUGAGACUGUGUCUGGAGACUGGCUUUUGCUGCUGGAAACAUUUGCUAUUUUCAUCUUUGGAGCUGAGUUUGCUUUGAGGAUCUGGGCUGCAGGAUGUUGCUGUCGAUACAAAGGCUGGCGUGGACGGCUGAAGUUUGCCAGGAAGCCCCUGUGCAUGUUGGAUAUCUUCGUGCUGAUUGCUUCUGUGCCAGUGGUUGCCGUGGGAAACCAGGGCAAUGUCCUGGCUACCUCUCUGCGAAGCCUCCGCUUCCUGCAGAUCCUGCGCAUGCUUCGAAUGGAUAGGAGGGGUGGCACCUGGAAGCUCCUGGGCUCAGCUAUCUGUGCCCACAGCAAAGAACUCAUCACCGCCUGGUACAUCGGCUUCCUGACACUCAUCCUUUCUUCAUUUCUUGUCUACCUGGUGGAGAAGGAUGUGCCAGAGAUGGAUGCCCAAGGAGAGGAAAUGAAAGAGGAGUUUGAGACCUAUGCUGAUGCCCUGUGGUGGGGCCUGAUCACACUGGCCACCAUUGGUUAUGGAGACAAGACACCUAAAACCUGGGAAGGACGUCUGAUUGCUGCCACCUUUUCUUUAAUCGGCGUCUCCUUUUUUGCUCUUCCGGCAGGCAUCCUUGGCUCAGGACUGGCAUUGAAGGUUCAGGAACAGCACCGUCAGAAGCACUUUGAGAAGAGAAGGAAGCCAGCUGCUGAACUCAUCCAGGCUGCCUGGAGAUAUUAUGCUACCAACCCCAACAGGCUUGACCUGGUGGCAACCUGGAGAUUUUAUGAAUCAGUUGUCUCUUUCCCAUUCUUCAGGAAAGAACAACUGGAAGCAGCAGCCAGCCAAAAGCUGGGUCUCUUGGAUCGGGUUCGCCUUUCUAAUCCUCGUGGUAGCAAUACUAAAGGAAAGCUAUUUACCCCUCUGAAUGUAGAUGCCAUAGAAGAAAGCCCUUCCAAAGAGCCAAAGCCCGUUGGCUUAAACAAUAAAGAGCGUUUCCGCACCGCCUUCCGCAUGAAAGCCUACGCUUUCUGGCAGAGUUCUGAAGAUGCCGGGACAGGAGACCCCAUGACAGAAGACAGGGGCUAUGGAAAUGACUUCCUCAUUGAAGACAUGAUCCCCACCCUAAAGGCUGCCAUCCGAGCUGUCAGAAUUCUACAAUUCCGUCUGUAUAAAAAAAAAUUCAAGGAGACAUUGAGGCCUUAUGAUGUAAAAGAUGUAAUUGAGCAGUAUUCUGCUGGACAUCUUGACAUGCUUUCCAGGAUAAAGUACCUUCAGACAAGAAUAGAUAUGAUUUUCACCCCUGGACCUCCAUCCACUCCAAAACAUAAGAAGUCUCAGAAAGGGUCAGCAUUUACCUACCCAUCCCAGCAGUCUCCAAGGAAUGAACCAUAUGUAGCCAGGGCAGCCACAUCAGAAACUGAAGACCAAAGCAUGAUGGGGAAGUUUGUAAAAGUUGAAAGACAGGUUCACGACAUGGGGAAGAAACUGGACUUCCUCGUGGACAUGCACAUGCAGCAUAUGGAGCGUCUGCAGGUGCACGUCACCGAGUACUACCCAACAAAGGGGGCCUCCUCCCCAGCAGAAGGGGAGAAGAAAGAGGACAACAGGUAUUCUGACUUGAAAACCAUCAUCUGUAACUACUCAGAAUCAGGCCCCCCCGACCCACCCUACAGCUUCCACCAGGUGCCCAUCGACAGAGUUGGCCCCUAUGGGUUUUUUGCACAUGACCCCGUGAAACUGACCAGAGGGGGACCCAGUUCUACAAAGGCUCAGGCCAACCUUCCCUCCUCGGGAAGUACAUAUGCAGAGAGGCCCACAGUCCUGCCCAUCUUGACUCUUCUGGACUCAUGUGUGAGCUACCACUCCCAGACAGAACUGCAAGGCCCCUAUUCGGACCACAUCUCACCCCGCCAGAGACGCAGCAUCACUAGGGACAGUGACACACCACUGUCCCUCAUGUCCGUCAACCACGAGGAACUGGAACGGUCUCCAAGUGGCUUCAGCAUCUCCCAAGACAGAGAUGAUUAUGUAUUUGGCCCCAGUGGGGGUUCGAGCUGGAUGAGGGAAAAGCGGUACCUGGCUGAAGGAGAAACAGACACAGAUACAGACCCCUUCACGCCCAGUGGAUCCAUGCCUAUGUCAUCUACUGGAGAUGGUAUUUCAGAUUCCAUAUGGACCCCUUCCAACAAGCCCACUUAGAAGGGGUCACUGGCUGACUCCUGGUACUGUAGUCAGACUUUGUACAGCUCACUUACUCUCACACCUAGCGCUUAACAAUGAGGACUCCAGUGGCUGUGUCAAGCGCAUGCAUGUGCGCAGUGGCCCCCCUGCAAGCAGGGGCUUCUCGCAGCCUUCUUCCUCCCCAUGUCACUGCAACAAAGUCGCUUCCUUUUCAGCAUGGUUUGCAUGACUUGACACUAUAUAAAAUGCACUGUUAGUCUCUUCUAGAUACACAUUUAUCUGCUCUUCCUUUUAAUCACGAUUGAACAAGUACAGGGAGACUUACUGAUGAGCUGUGCUAUUUUGUUUGGUUGGCUGGUUUGGGUUUUGAUUCGGAUAAACUGAGAGCAUAGUUUCAGUUAUUUCUAGGCUCACUUCCCCUUUAUGUAAAAUGCUCCAGUUAAUUUAUUGUUUUUUAAAACAAGGAAAUAAUUUUCUCAAUCAAAACAUACUGCAUUACAAUGAGGGUAGCCUCUGAGCAAACAGAAGAGCAGGAACAAGAUAGUCAUUCAAACCCCAAAGCCAAGAUUUCAAACAAUUAUCUCACUAAAGGAAGGCUGACAAAAUUAUUCAAAAGCUCCCAAGGGGAUUUGGCCUACCCCAUUGUUCAGAACUGUGCCUCAGUUUCCUUAUCUAUAAGAUGUUGGUGAUCCAAAAUAUAACGUCACACAUGUUAUGGACUGGUGAAGAGAAAUCUUACACACAUACCACAAACAUAAAAAAAGUUCCCAAUUUAUGUAGCCAAAGAUAAUAAAAUUUACCAGAAGUGGGAUGACCUUCUAAGCAGGAGCUAAAUUUGGUAUCUUAAAAUGAAAUUCCAACUCAUUCUUCUGUCUUGCCUGUUCUUGAAUCCAAAAUGGAGAUUAGAACCAAGAGCAAUUAUCAUUCCAUGUCCUCUAUUUCAAAGUGAGAAGUUUGGGGCACAAGGCAAAUGCCAUGCCUUGAGACACUUGGCUGUCCUGCUGAGAACAAGGACUCAAAACCUCUACAUGAGGACUCACUCCUUGCCCCAGUCUUCCCUCAUACUAUCCUAGUUGCAUACUGGGAUCCAGGAAUUCUGCCAAGACACCAGCACUCUUUAUCCAUAGGAUGCAAUCCGCAGUCUUUACUCAAAGGGAGAAAGAUGUCUGCUUUGACUGCAAAGCAUGCUUAUUUGAUGCAUUACAAGUGGGAUCCAGGAUGAGGAAUGCAAAUUAGUCAUAAAUAUACAAAUAGGAAGAAUUCCCAGAAUCACCCAUUUUUACUCCUCCUGAUUUUUCUUAAUGAAAAUACUAGAGCCACACAAAACUAUAAGAGCUCCUGAGAUGACAACUUACAGCCUGGAAAUCCCUGCCCUGCUACAGAAGGAUUGAUGUUAAGCACAAGCCACCACGUGGCCUAUUGGAAGAUAUUGCUACUUGCUGAAAACCUCCAAUGGAAAAGGUUAGACUCUGGCUACUCUUUGUGGAACGCCACACCAGAGUAUUAGUAUCUUAGUCAUUUCAUGCCUCUAAACACUGGUUUUAAAUGGUUGCCAUGGUGAUCAUCAUGAUGAUGGAAAUACCCUAAAUAAGUGUUUGAAUACAACUCUCACCAGUGCUGUUUCUGUGUUGUCAAGAGCCAUAAAUAUCACAGCAGACUCCUGGGUGACGUUUUCAUCAAUUUGCAAUGUUAGUACUCUGUGCUGUGUUGGGGAGAGGCUCCUCAGAGAUCGAUUUCUUACAACCUACAUGCUGAUUGGUCCUUUAUAAAGUACUGAGAAUACAGUAGUGAUGAAAGUUUGUCCCCUGAUGAUAGGAACUUAAACUCAAAGCCUGCAGCUCCAUGAAUGAUGGCAAGCACUGUGAAUUAGUAGAGGAAUAGCCUUCAUGGACAGUAUCACAAUGGAUGUAUGUGCAGUUAGUGACCUUUAAGUCCAAGGCAGGCAAUAUAUUAAUACACUCACACACAUUGGAAGAAAAGCUUUUCUUAUAGUUUUCAAUUGAUCUUUUUUCUGGCAAUCUGAAAGACAAAGACUGUGGACCUCCUCCCUUAGUUCUUUCAAUAUGACUUCAGUGGUGCCAUUGUUGCUAUAAUCUAAAACUUGCACCUCUUCCUAGGGAUUUGGCUCUUGAGUAUGAUCUUCCUAUAAUUUUUUUUCACCAGAAAUAGCUGUCCUGCCUAGCAUCUAACAUAUGGUAUUCUUUUUUCUUACAUGCAUGAGUUAUCAGAGACAAAAAUGAUAAAGAAUAAACUGUGCCACAUGGUUUUUCCCUAACAUUAACAUUCUCUCACAACCUCCUAGAGUUGGUAUGUUACAUUAGGAUGCAUUGCUUCAAGAGUUCAAAUGGGAAUCUUGGCCAAGAAUUCUUUGAACUGGAACUUGCAUUAUUUUUCAAGCAAGCUCUAAGUGAGUAGUCUUCCUGGAGAUUCAAAAAUCAGAGUGGCAGGAAUUAGUUUUGUAUUGGAUACCAAGCUAAUAUAGGUCUAGUCAGUUGUCUGUAUCAGCCAAAUACAUAUUUGACAAAAAAAAAAAGAAUACUAAGGGUCCUAAGAGCUGCUUGUUUCCAUCUAAGAAAACAAACAGAAGAAAGAUAAUAAGAUAAUCUGGAGUCCUUCUCUUGCAAUAUCAUUUAAAAAAUAGUGUAGACCAACAAACCAAAAGUACUCAUCUGAACCUGUCAGUACACUUCAUGGCCAUCAUGGCUGGCAUACUGGUCCUCUGUUGAAAUGUCAUUUUGUGUUCUAUAAAGAUCUUUGUAAGAUGAAAGAAUCUCAAGCAGAGUAAUCCAGGAUGAUCUAUAUCAGAAAGCACACCGGUAACUCUACACCUUGCCUAGGAUGUCAUAACAGUUUUAACAGAAACCCAGAAAUACUGAAAAAUUAAUUCCAUCAUAAAACCCAGGAAUGGGUUUCUCAAGUAAACCUGAGAACACAUUAUAUGUAUUUGGCUGCCAUGUUUUAAAAUAUAUUAAAAUUUUAAAAUUUAAAAUUCUAGAAAAUGGAGAUGAAAGUAUAACCCAGUGGUAGAGUGCUUGUCUACCAUACAUUAAAUUUGGGCUUUGAUCCUUAGCAUUGCACAACACAGUGUGCAUGUACACACACACACACACACACACACACAAACACACACACACACACACACACACAUAUGGCAGACAUAUUUUAGAGAAAAAAUGAAAGAAAAGAAUAAAUUUUAAAAUGCUAAAUAACUAUCAGGCUGAAGAAAAAUGAAAUUGUUACGUUUUUAAUGUUUAAAUAUUUCCAUACAAGUGGAUUCUAAAAACUUAAGAAAAAUAAAAUUGUAGAAAGGAGGGGGAAAAAACCCACUGAAUUGAGAAAGACCUUUUAAAUAACUGUUUGUAAAAACUUAGAAUUCAGCCUUACUAGAUAUGAUACUAAUGUUGUAAAAUCUUAUUUUUAUGAAGAAAUAAACAGAAAACACCAAAGUGUAUAGGUAAAACCAAAUUUAUUAACCAACACUUAGGCAUCCUAUACUUUUCUGUUCAAAGCCAUUCCUAGACAUUGUAUCUCAAGAGUAAACAGCUAUAGAAAACAAUGCAUAGCAGAAUCUACUCACAGUUUGCCAAAAUUAUUCUCAUAAUUUUAUGCUACUCUGAGAGUGUAACAAAGAAAUAUUCAUUUAGCAAGAUUUUCUAGAUAUCACGGAAUACCAAGAAUUAUGCAACAAACAUUCAAAAACCAGGAAGAUAGUCUCUGCUGUAAGAAAGCUUGUGGCCUCAACUGUUGAUGGUAAUUUUAGACUUCCUACCUGAUUUAGUGGCUGCGGACAACUGUAUUAUACCGAUAUGAAUACUCCUGCACUCAGAGCACUGAAUGGGGACUUUGCGUUUGCGUUUGUCACUCUGGACUUCAUAACAUCCAAUAAGCAAUGCAAGCACUUGGGCUCCACGUUGCUAUAGAAAACAGCUUUCUUCUCUAUGCCCUGCCACAGUGGAGACAAGACAAGUAGCUCGGGCAUCUGUUUCCCCAUAUUGACCAAAAAGGGCCUAGCACAGGCCAUGGUACAACAUCUAUUUGAAAAGAAAAGGAAUUCACUCUGCCCAUGGGAUCCUGAAGAUCAGAGUGUGGAGGAAAGAGAAGAAACAUUCUCAAAAGUCAACUAUACUUCUGACAAGACUGCCAGAUAGAUCCUGCUUCCCAUACUCCACUGCUAGCCCAGAUGAUGCCUCAUAGAAUAGAUAUUCUUUGGUUAUCAUGAGUAUAGCCCCCCCCCCCGAGGAAUCUAGGACCACAGAGGUGUUUUUGGCUUACAAAUUUGUCUUCACUUGUCCUCAAAAGCAUGCUAUUUCCACCAUGAACUUUAACCUACACAUGCUUUCUGUAUCCAAAAAUAUUCAAAAUGACAUACUGCUUUUACAUGGCUCGAAACUGACCCAUCUUUACCCUAAACAGGGCAGCAGGUCGCAGCUCAGUGGUGCCCAGCUAUAGAAAUCUUAUGUGUCAGAGUACCUAUGUAGCUUUCAUAGGUUUGGAAACCAUGGUGUGACGCUAGUGUUGAAAAAACGAAAUGGUAUAGAGAUGACUUGUAAAAAAAAUUGCAUUUCGAAUCACUCAAAACUAACUAUUGCAGUCUAUUUUAAAUUUUAAGUGAGACAAUCAACUAUGUAAAAAGUCCUUAGUGCAGUGACUGGUUUAUACCAAAACUGUUAAUAAUUAUUUGUAUCUGUUUUUAUAGUAUGUAUAGACUCCAUUACAUCAGUUAGUGAUAUUAUCUAUGGACUCUAAGUUUACACCAGAAAAUAUUUUUUUAGGAAAAAAAAGCUGGUGAAGAUAUAAUCCUAAUUAUUGCAUGAUAAAGCUAGGAUAUUUUUAGUUGUUCUUUAAACAUGUACCUGUCUGCAACUGAACAUGCUUAUUUUUUCCAUCAAAAUGUGCAAGGAAUACUGGAAGGAGCAUUAAGAAUGUGGUUCCCAGUUGCUAGCUGGUCAAAGUUGUAUUGGAGAAAGAGUGCCAGAUGUAGCAGUGUUCUCUAAAACAUGACAUACAGGGGAUGUAGACAAAAAGAACUAAUUAAAUAUGAAAGGAAAGCCAACUGUGGCAUGAUGACUACCACGGAGCACCCUUGCCAUGAAUGGGACAUCUUCAAGAAGAAGGUCAAAACUUGUUCAAAUUCUUCCUUGUAGAUAUGGUUUUAGCCUUCAGCAGCCUUAACGUCAGUAUCUCUCUAGAAUCAAUCACAGUUCAAUAUAUUUGAGGAGACGUAAUUUCACAUAUUCUAAAAUGCUCAGAGGAAGACAGUGAUCACCCAUACUUUUUAGGGCAGGACAUAAAUGCUCAAACAACAGGGGCUCUAACCAAGUCUCAUGGUGAUUAAAAUAAAGAUCAAAUUGCAGAGUGGUCCUUAGUCUUGGGUGCCCUGACUCAUGGUCCAGAUUUUAGAGAGAGGGGAGUAUUUCUGGCGAGCAUAGAAGGUAAAUUUUCUGACUCUCUUGAGAAACAGCUGGGCCAGAAAUGUUUUCUUGAGACUUCACUGUAUAUCUAGAAUAGGACUGAUGCUCCUAUGUCAUAAAGAUGUCCUUCUGAAUGUUUUAUCUUCAAAGGGCUCAGAGAAACCUCCUGCUGAUGAGCACACCCUAGGGAAAGACCGAAGAAUAACCUUUUAACCAUAAGCACGAUUAGUCUCCGCCCUUCUGACUAUUCCUGUUUUGUCUCUUCUUAUGCUGCCAAGAGUGGACAGGUUCACCUGUUUGGUUCAUCCCUGGACUCAUUCAGCUCCACUCACACCUUGAGUUGCAUCCUCAGAUAUAGGCCCACGGAAUGAGACUUCUCCAUAGGUUUAAUUUAAGUAGGAUAUGAUUUCUUUGGGAAUCUGACUUGCCACAAACUUCCAGUUCUACCAAAGUUGACUUUGUGUACUGGAAUAUCUGGGCUUUAUCUGAGCAUGCCUGGUUCUUCUCACUUGACCUUAGGGGAUCCUCAUGCUUACCAUUUCAUAGACACAUACUCUCUGGUCCUCUACUAAAAGUUACAUUGAAUCUGUCCUUCUUAAAACAUAUCAUGUCUGUGUAAAUGUGGUAAUACUUUUGGGGGAAAAAACUGUUCUCUUGUGACUUACAUGCAGAUCUCUAGAGUUUCCACUUGGGCUGUGCUUAUAUUUGCCAGAAUUUGACAGUGCUCCCCCAAAAUUAAACCCAUUGGUAAGAUAGGAUUUCUUAGUGAUCCUGGUUUAAACUGAUCCAAAAACUUCUGAAAGAUUCAAAGAGAAAAGUGACACACUAUGGUAUGGCUUUGGUUUACUGGAUUAUUUUAAAGAUUGUCGUUCUGCUUGAGUGCCUCCCGCCUCCCACCUCCCCCAAUGGUACUCCUUUAAGAUUGAAAUAAGUGCCGGGAAGGAAUAGUAAUCUUUUGACAUAUUAAAAAUUAAGAGAUCUAUGUAACCAGAGAGUGGCUUAAAAUUAGCCAAACCCAGCCUAGUGCUUUGGAUUAUACCAAACUACAAUUGGAAACAAGAUUUAUGAAAAUGAGAGAAAGUUUAAUUCCAAUGCUCCAUUCUCCAACUCUGCCCACAAAACUAAAGUCUGGGGUAGAAGAGCUCCCCACCCCAACUCUCCUUAGGAGUUGCAUGCAGAUGCCUGAAUGCUGCAUCCUUAGUGUAAGCCCACUCAAGGGCUGUUAUUGGCUGCACAGAAAUCAAAGUGGAAAGAAAUCAGCUGCCUAGAUGUCACAUAGUGCAAGAGUUAAAGAACUGAGAUUUUACACAAAACCAUGGAUCUCAAAAGCUUUUCCUGCCCCCUGGCCCUACCCCAAGUCUCGCAGGGCAAUAGCAAUGCUCCCCAGCCAGACCCUGUGGUCCCUAAGAAGACUUUUCCUCUGCACAGUCAGCUUUUUAAUGAAAGGAUUGCAGACCCACCCAUGCCCUCAAGAGUAGAAGAAUGACUGUCAGCGGCUCCCUUUGGCUAUUCAGCAAGUCCUUUGAAUGUUUUCACUAUCCAGCUGUCGGAGGCAGAAAGUGAUGCCACAUAAAUUAUUCACACAGAUCACAUUGGAGUCCAUUAGCCCUUAGAGUUUGGUGGCCACAGAUAUUCCCACAAACACCCUUUGUUCUCUGUCCCCACAGAUCCUCUGUCACUGUAUUUACCUGAACAAGUUCAAAAGUAUCCCGGGCUCAGCUGACCCUCAUCUUCUGUCUCUAGACUGUAUCUUUAUUUCGGGGCUUUGAAAUUUUGCAGACACAAACAGUCCUUUAAAAAAAUGUUCUCUGAGAGGCCAAAAGUGCAAAUCAAUUAUUACUCCAUCUUUCAACAUUAAGAGAACAAGAAUCUGCAUGGACACCAAAUGGAUCUCCUAACUAGGCCAUUCUUUACCCUUCGGAAUCCAUUUCCACGGAAUGGGAGAUCAGAUCCACCCUCUAGCCCUCCCCGAGGGCUAAAUAGAGGAUUUGGAUAGCCCUUCAGUCAAAUCACAGACCCAAGCUGUUACAGAGAGAACCUGUGCCAGGUUCUGAAAAGCUAAUUGAGGAUGGAUGCACAUUAUCAGUUUUCCAGUCCUUUCUGUUUUUAAAAGAAAAAAGAAUCUCUCUCUUGCCUAAGAUGGGCUGUGACUAUUUGACCCGCCCCCCUAUUCCUGAUGUAGCAGUGAUGGAAAACACCUACUGUGGGAGAACACAUUGAGGUUUGCAAUGACAUGAAUCACUGUAUUUCAUUUUAGGUUGAUUUUAUUUCACCCCUUUUUACGGCAUAGAAUUCUGGUGCCUUGCUCCCUGGAUUUGUCUCCGUGCUAUGAGUAGGCUCUCCACAUUCUGGCGGGAACACAACUAUUCCACAAGUGCCCUUUAGUGCUCUUUAUAAUAUGGUUUCCUGUAAUUUUUAAACUGUAUGUGUAAUUUAUAUUCUGGCUCUGUCCAAUAUUUGACAACUUUAAUAGGUUGAUUUCCAUAUAUAUUAUGCAAACAAUUCUUACCUGAUUUUUUUAUGUUCUAUCUCAAAAUCAAUAAAGAUUGCACCACUUAUUAAUAAA